AUGGGUGUCUGCCUAGGUGUUGCACAUAGUUUCAUGGAAUCCGAAACCGAAAUGCUUACAACAGCUCACCUCGAAAAAUCCUCAAUCACAGCCAUACCAAAUCUCCUCCUCCUCAGUGUCCAGAAUAUAGCUGUUCUAGCUACUCUCUCAGCAUUUGGUAUCUACACACCUGCUGUUAUCGGUAUCGGCAUCAUGACUAGUAAUCUGCAAGCACACGCUUUGUCUGACUCAGGUGGUUUGAACUCUUCACCAUCAUGGGGGUCAAGCCCGCUCGAUACCAGACGGAGACGAAGAGCACACCCAAGAGAUAUCUCUGCUGCAACUCCUCGUACCGAAGAUGGAAGCUCAUAUCAUGUGGCUGAAGUUCUGAUCAGGAAGCUUGAGAAACUUGGCGGACAGUUAACUGGAAAGUAUCCCAGAUUCGAGAGCCCGGGGCAUCUGCCAAACCUUGCUGCUUUGGAUCUCAAAAGCAGGCAAAACGACAAUACUUUUCAAACUAAAGCCGCCUCGCUUGUCUCCAGAGUAUAG